UCGGCCACACGGACUUUAAACACGCUCCAUAAUAUAACCUAUAAUAACCCAUCCUGCCACGUUCAACGACUGAGGACAUUUAGUCAAGGCUGCUGCAAUGAUAUUCAGGUUCGGGGUCAUUCUCACUCCGGAGUCUUCGGAUAUAGAGGUCUUUGUUUUGGGUUCGCGUGUGGAAAUGGGCCAGUGGGACCCGAGCAGAGCGGUCCCGAUGAAAGCCUCACAGAAGCUCCUGUCCACACAGGAACCGAGUCUGUGGAUCGGCGACGUGCGGCUGGCCGAGCCGUUUAAAGACACACUGUGGUUCAAGUUCGUCAAAAGAGUCAGAGGCACUUAUAUCUGGGAAGGUAGUGGUCCAAGCCAUGACAGAUGGUGUUCAUAUGAUGAGGGGAACGUGGUCGAUGGAGUGUACUGCCACCCGAUUGGUCACUGGAUAGAGGAAACAGGACACACAGAUGAGAUGAAACACACCACCAACUUUUAUUUCAGUGUGGCUGGUCAGAAGGCCAUUCAUUUUUCCAGGGUGCUACCACGUGUUUGGCUGGGCAGCUGCCCUCGACAGGUAGAACACGUGACAAUCAAGAUGAAGUAUGAAUUGGGCAUAACUGCAGUGAUGAACUUCCAGACAGAGUGGGAUGUGGUGAACAACUCCUAUGGCUGCAGACGCAACCCUGGGGAAGCCAUGACCCCGGAGACCAUGAUGCAUUUGUACAAAGACUGUGGCCUGGUGUAUGUGUGGCUACCCACACCUGACAUGAGCACCGAGGGUCGUAUAAGGAUGCUUCCCCAGGCUGUAUUCUUGCUUCACGGUCUCUUGGAGAAUGGUCACACUGUCUAUGUUCACUGUAAUGCCGGAGUAGGCAGGUCGACGGCUGCUGUGUGUGGCCUGCUUAUGUACAUCCUCGGCUGGAGCCUGAGGAAGGUGCAGUACUUUGUUACAGCCACAAGACCAGCAGUGUACAUAGAUGAGGAGGCUUUAGUCCAGGCUCAGGCAGACUUCAUCCAGAAGUUUGGACAGCUGCGAUCAUCUAUCCCUUACCCAGAGACAUGAGAGUUGAGUGUCUUUGUCCUGUACUUUUUUAGACUUUGUAUGGUGAAAUAACCUUUAGCAAGAAAAUUAACUUCUUUCUGCUUAAAUUUAAUGUAUGUAAAUGACCCACUUCAGCUGAGUGGCUUUCGAAAACUGGUUGAUCCUGAAGUAUCCAGAGAGAGUUUCACUGGCUGCCAGCAUAGAUGUUGCAAGCAAUUAAUCCUAGUGUGAUGUGUUAGCUUGUAACUUCAGAAAUUGCCCUCUGCCAUUUAGCACAUACAGUUGCAAAUUAUGCACUUGGAGUCAAACUAAGGACACUGUCGGCAGUUUUCAGUAAAUGUCUGAUGGGGUGUUUGGGAAGACAUUUUCUUUUAGCCUUUGUUGUAAUAAUCAAUGAAUAGAGUUGACAUUUUGAGGAGGAAACUUUAAGCUGAUUUGUUGAAUGACAAUGGCUGAGAGGAACACACAGCAAAACAGACCAAAUAUCACUAUAA